AAAAUAAAUAUUUGUAUUUUUAGUUAAUAUGCGCACUCAACAUUAGGGAAGAAUUUGAUUCAUUCAUGGUAUCAAUCAUCAAAGUGAAACCAAACCAGUCAACAUGAAGCCGUGAGUGGUAAUGUAAUCAUCGCUCGCAAAUGUCCCCGAACGUGGUGGUUCUAGACAACGGCGGCGGCCUAGUGAAGGCCGGAAUCGGCGGCGAACGCGACCCCUCCGCCAUCGUCCCAAACUGCCUCUACCGCCCCUCCGCCGCCAAGAAAUGGCUCCACCCAAACCCCCUAAACUCCGCCGCCGAACAAGACCUCACCUCCGCCGCCGUCCGCCGCCCCAUGGACCGCGGCUAUCUCAUAAACCCCGACCUCGAGCGCGAGAUCUGGUCCCACCUCUUCUCCUCCACCCUCCGCAUAAACCCUUCACAGUGCUCCCUCCUCGUGACGGAACCGCUCUUCGCUCUCCCCUCCAUUCAACGCUCCCUCGACGAGCUCGUCUUCGAGGAUUUCAACUUCCGGUCACUCUACGUCGCCGAUUCCCCUUCCCUCGUCCACCUCUACGAAGCCAGCCGUGGAAGGCCGAACGGACCUAAGGCGCAGUGCAGUUUGGUGGUGGACUGCGGAUUCUCCUUCACCCACGCCGCCCCUGUGUUCCAGAAUUUCACCCUCAACUACGCCGUGAAGAGGAUUGAUCUUGGUGGUAAGGCCCUCACCAACCACCUUAAGGACCUUGUUUCCUUUCGCUCCCUCAAUGUCAUGGAUGAGACUUUCAUCAUUGAUGAAGUGAAAGAGAAGCUCUGCUUUGUUUCCCUUGAUCUUCCCCUUCAUCUCAAUGUGGCCAGGAAGAGUGGGAAAGAGAAUCUCCUGAGGUGUACAUAUGUGCUUCCGGAUGGUGUGACAUACAUGAAGGGGUUUGUUAAAUAUCCAGAUCAGGCGCGCAGAUAUCUUUCUUUGACGGAUGGUGGUCUUCCUUCUCCCUUGGCGGAUGUGAAUAUCCCAGAUAUUGCUGAGGAGCAUCUUCAGGAUACAAAGAAAAUUGAUUUGACAAAAAAUGAAUUCGACUUGACAAAUGAACGGUUUCUUGUCCCGGAGAUGAUCUUCCGUCCUGCUGAUUUGGGAAUGAACCAGGCUGGGCUAGCAGAAUGCAUUGUACAAGCUGUUAAUUCCUGCCAUCCACAUCUCCACCCUGUACUCUAUGAAAGCAUCAUUUUAACUGGUGGAAGCACCUUAUUUCCUCAUUUUGCUGAGAGACUGGAGAAGGAGCUUCGGCCUCUAGUUCCUGAUGACUUUCAUGUGAAGAUAACAAAUCAAGAAGAUCCCAUUUUAGGUGUUUGGCGUGGAGGAUCGCUGUUAGCUUCAAGUCCGGAUUUUGAAUCAAUGUGUGUGACUAAGUCAGAGUAUGAGGAGCUUGGUUCUGCUAGAUGCCGUAAGAGGUUCUUUCAUUAACUACUGAUGCUAUCGACACUGCUAGCAAAUCUUGUAUCUUCCUCCCAAACAAAUGGGGAAUGAGAGAGAAGACUGGGCUGAUGGUGUGACCAAGUGCGCAAAUGGGGAAAUAUUGGUUAAACCCAUGAUAUGUUAUUGCAUAGUUCAGCCAUUGUUCUGUCCUUGUAUCAUUUCAAUGGUUUCUUUAGUCUUACUUGGUCCAAGGGGUGAAUUCUGGAUUAUCAUCUUCUCUGGAGGGAGUUUUUUUGGGAUGCUGUACAUGUAGUCUACAAUUUUCUAGUGAGCAUGAUGCACAGAUGCAGGCACACUGGUAUUUUGGAUCUACUCCCUUUUAUCUUCAACAAGUGGAAUGUACUUUUAAUGUGCCAUCAAAUGUGGUAUUGUAAGGAUUUUGCAAAUUGUAUAUAAUAUUAUUAUUUGCAUUGUCAGGAUGCCCGUAAGCUCUUUUACCUUGCUCUUGAAGCUUGUGUUUCUAUCAAUUUAAUGGGGUCUUACUGCUA